AUGACAUACCGAAGCACACCCUUGAAGAUUAUCACGCAAAACUGCAGAGGUCUUAACAUCCCUGAACGCAGGACACACCUGCUAAGGGAAUUGAAGAAAAAACGUGUGGCUGUAACUAUGCUGCAGGAGACACACUUCCAAGAAGGGAAAUCCCCUAAACUGCAAAAUAGACAUUACCCAAAUAACUACUUCUGCAAUCAUCCAACGGCCCAUAAAUCCGGAGUGGCCAUAAAAUUAGCAGCUGAACUAGAAUUUAGAGAAUUAGAACGUGUACAGGAAGAUAUCUAUUCCUCAAGGGCAUCAUAG